GCUAUGGAGGGCGACGGCGGGAGCCCGUGGGCGCUGGCGCUGCUGCGCACCUUCGACGCGAGCGAGUUCACGGGCUGGGAGAAGGUGGGCUCGGGCGGCUUCGGGCAGGUGUACAAGGUGCGCCACGUCCACUGGAAGACCUGGCUGGCCAUCAAGUGCUCGCCCAGCCUGCACGUCGACGACAGGGAGCGCACGGAGCUUCUGGAAGAAGCCAAGAAGAUGGAGAUGGCCAAGUUCCGGUACAUCCUGCCCGUGUACGGCAUUUGCCGGGAGCCCGUGGGCCUGGUCAUGGAGUACAUGGAGACGGGCUCGCUGGAGAAGCUGCUGGCCUCGGAGCCCCUGCCGUGGGACCUGCGCUUCCGCGUGAUCCACGAGACCGCCGUGGGCAUGAACUUCCUGCACUGUAUGUCCCCACCCCUGCUGCACCUGGACCUGAAGCCGGCCAACAUCCUGCUGGACGCCCACUACCACGUCAAGAUUUCUGACUUCGGGCUGGCCAAGUGCAACGGGCUGUCCCACUCACACGACCUCAGCAUGGACGGCUUGUUCGGCACCAUCGCCUACCUCCCCCCAGAGCGCAUCCAAGAGAAGAGCCGGCUCUUUGACACCAAACACGACGUGUACAGCUUUGCCAUCGUCCUGUGGGGUGUGCUCACGCAGAAGAAGCCGUUUGCAGACGAGAAGAACAUCCUGCACAUCAUGGUGAAGGUGGUGAAGGGCCACCGGCCCGCGCUGCCGCCCGUCUGCCGGCCCCGGCCCCGCGCCUGCCGGAGCCUCAUCCGCCUCAUGCAGCGGUGCUGGCACGAGGACCCGUGGGCCCGGCCCACCUUCCAGGAGAUCACCUCCGAGACCGAGGAGCUGUGCGAGAGGCCCGACGAGGAGCUGAGAGACGCGGCGCCCGCGCCCGAUGGGAAGGGCCCCCUGGAGCCCGCCGGCCAGGCGGUGCCCGCGUCCACGCAGCUCCAGCGCGCCUCCGCCCCCGCCUUCGACAAGGACUGCAGCCUCUCGGAGCUGCUGUCGCAGCUGGACUCCGGCAUCUCGCAGACGCCCCAGGGCCCCGAGCAGCUCAGCCGCAGCUCCUCCGAGUCCAAGCUCCCGGCGUGCGGCAGCGGCAAGAGGCUCUCGGGCGUGUCCUCCGUGGACUCGGCCUUCUCCUCCAGGGGCUCGCUGUCGCUGUCUUUCGAGCGGGAGCCUUCCACGGGCGACCUGGGCGCCACGGACGUGCAGAAGAAGAAGCUGGUGGACGCCGUGGUGUCCGGGGACACGAGCAAGCUGAUGAAGGUGCUGCAGCCGCAGGACGUGGACCUGGUGCUGGACGGCGGCGCCAGCCUGCUGCACCUGGCCGUGGAGGCCGGCCAGGAGGAGUGCGUCAAGUGGCUGCUGCUCAACAAUGCCAACCCCAACCUGACCAACGGCAAGGGCGCCACGCCGCUGCACGUGGCCGUGGAGCGGCGGGCGCGGGGCGUGGUGGAGCUGCUGCUGGCCCGCAAGAGCAGCGUCAACGCCAAGGACGAGGACCAGUGGACGGCGCUGCACUUCGCCGCGCAGAACGGGGACGCGGGCAGCGCGCGGCUGCUGCUGGAGAGGAGCGCCUCGGCCAGCGAGGUGGACUUCGAGGGCCGCACGCCGCUGCACGUGGCCUGCCAGCAUGGCCAGGAGGACAUCGUGCGCAUCCUGCUGCGGCGCGGCGUGGACGGGGCCCUGCAGGGCAAGGACGCCUGGGUGCCGCUGCACUACGCCGCCUGGCAGGGCCACCUGUCCAUCGUCCGGCUGCUGGCCAAGCAGCCCGGGGUGAGCGUGAACGCCCAGACGCUGGACGGGAGGACGCCGCUGCACCUGGCCGCCCAGCGGGGGCACUACCGUGUGGCCCGCGUCCUGCUGGACCUCUGCUCCGAUGUCAACGUGUGCAGCCUGCGGGCACAGACGCCCCUGCAUGUGGCGGCCGAGACCGGGCACACGAGCACCGCCAGGCUGCUCCUGCACCGCGGUGCCAGCAGGGAGGCCGUGACCGCCGAGGGCUGCACCGCCCUGCACCUGGCGGCCCGCGGCGGACACCUGGCCACGGUGAGGCUGCUGGUGGAGGAGAAGGCCGACGUGCUGGCCCGCGGGCCCCUGAGCCAGACGGCGCUGCACCUGGCUGCCGCGCACGGGCACUCGGAGGUCGUGGAGGAGCUGGUGAGUGCCGAGCUCAUCGAUCUGGCCGAUGCGCAGGGCCUCAGCGCCCUGCACCUGGCCGCCCAGGGCAGGCAUGCUCAGACCGUGGAGACGCUGCUCAGGCACGGCGCCCACAUCAACCUGCAGAGCCUCAAGUUCCAGGGCGGCCACGGCCCCGCGGCCACGAUCCUGCGGCGCAGCAAGACCUAGCCCGCUCCCCGGGAGGCUGGGGGUCUGUGUGGGCUUCUUGUCCUGUGGUCGUGAGCCGCGUGGGGGGCGGAGGGGUGCCGGGCU